CCAACCCUAAUUAGGGUUUUCGAGAGCAACACUCAAAAGAGACGACGACGACGAAGACGACGACGAACCUCUUCCCCCACAAUGGGUAUCUCUCGCGACUCCAUGCACAAGCGCCGCGCCACGGGGGGGAAGAAGAAGGCGUGGAGGAAGAAGAGGAAGUAUGAGCUGGGUCGGCAGCCGGCGAACACUAAGCUAUCGAGCAAUAAGACGGUGAGGAGGGUUAGGGUUCGAGGGGGCAACGUAAAGUGGAGGGCUCUUAGAUUGGAUACGGGUAAUUACUCGUGGGGAAGCGAGGCUGUGACCCGCAAGACCCGUAUACUUGACGUGGUAUACAACGCGUCCAACAAUGAGCUCGUGAGGACGCAGACCCUAGUGAAGAGCGCUAUCGUGCAGGUCGAUGCGGCGCCCUUCAAGCAGUGGUAUCUUCAGCACUAUGGUGUGGAGAUUGGCAGGAAGAAGAAAGCUCCUGCUGCUGGAAAGAAGGACGCAACUGAGGAGGGAGAAGGUGCCACGGAGGAAUCCAAGAAGAGCAACCAUGUCCUGAGGAAGCUCGAAAAGCGCCAGCAGGGCCGCACACUUGACCCCCACAUCGAGGAGCAAUUCGGCGGUGGGAGGUUGUUGGCCUGUAUUUCUUCCCGCCCGGGUCAGUGCGGCAGAGCCGAUGGAUAUAUUCUUGAAGGAAAGGAGCUAGAGUUCUACACCAAGAAGAUCCAGAGGAAGAAGGGCAAAGGUGGUGCAGGAGCCGCGGCUUAAGCAAACCCUUUAUUCUUUAUUCGUUCACUUAUCCGCACUUUGCCAACCUAUCCAUCUCCGCGUUUGCAAUGGUAGGUACCUAAUUGAGUUUCAACUUACACUGUUAAUCAAUCGAAAUUUUGAUAGUGAACUCUAGCUGGUAGGGAUGAGAACUUGUUUUUGUUGAUCGCAUGAUUGUAUGCUCGAGUAUGUAAACUUAGAUUUUCAUGCAUUUAAGAUUAUUUGCUCUGUGCCUGCUAUUAGCUUCAUUCCUUGAA